AUGUCAAAACCUAACGUUGAUAUAAACGACCCCAGUUCCCCUGGCGGAAAACUUCUCCAAGAUAUCAUUGAUACACAUACAUCUCAUGCACCUUUCCCUGUAGAAAGAAACAGCGGCACAGAAUUAUAUCGAAAACUCAGCGACAAAGAAGACAAAAUGCAAGAUGCAGCGUCGCAGGGUCAUAGACCAGGCCUACAGCGGUCAAGUUCGAGACGUACAGCAAACGGAUACAUGCCCAUCGAAGAUUAUGGGUUGAUCGGGAACAUGCGGACCUGUGCAAUGGUUGCCAUGGAUGGCGGACUUGAUUACAUGUGUUGGCCGCAUUUUGACUCGCCAUCCGUCUUCUGCCGUAUUCUUGACAAAGAAAAGGGUGGCCACUUCACUAUAGGCCCAACGAACGACGGCUUCUGCACUACGAAACAACAGUAUCUUCCCGCGAGCAACAUUCUCCAGACACGCUACUUGAAGGAAGAGGGCGUCAUGAAUGUUGUGGAUUUUUUCCCAAGGCCAAAUGACAAGAACUGGGAUUCCCAGUUUCAUGCUAAUGUCAUCGCGAGUGAGCACAAUGGCAAUGUGCCCGAGCGUCCCGAUUUGAAGAAGUGGCUUGUUAGGCGAGUGGAAUGCAUGCGAGGCACCGUCGAGGUGAGUGUACAGGUGUUUCCUGCAUUCAACUAUGCUCGAGACAAGCACACUACCGAGAUCGCCGACCUAGGCAAGACUCCACAAGGACAGGGCCUACAGCGCGUGAUCUUCAAGUCUAAAGACCUAUCUCUGGAAUUAAAUGUGACCAUCGACUGUGGUGGUGAGCCAGAAUCGUCAUGUCCAAGAAUUGCUUUUGAGAAGACGCCCGAACCCCAGAAUUUGGGGGAUGGGGUCACGGCUACUUUUACAUUGACCGAGGGGCAGGCAGUGUCCUUCAUUCUGCGCGAUGCAGAAGAUCAGAGCCCAGACAUAAUUGAAACCAGCCAAGUUGUUGCGUUGCAACAGAGCACUCAUAAGUAUUGGGCUAGAUGGAUCCAGCAAAGCAAGUAUGCGGGUAGAUGGGAAGAAAUUGUUACGAGGAGCCUGCUUCUCUUGAAGAUGUUGACAUUUGAGCCGAGUGGAGCAAUCGUUGCUGCGCCGACGUUCUCUUUGCCAGAAGACUUUGGGGGGUCACGCAAUUGGGACUAUCGCUACUCAUGGGUACGAGAUGCGUCUUUUACGAUAUACAUCUUUCUCCGAAUGGGUUUUAGCCAUGAAGCCGAAGCCUACGUCAGUUACAUCUUCCAGCGUGUCAAGGAGACUAAAGCACGCCACGGAGCACUUCCAAUCAUGUUUAGUAUCCAUGGUGCAAGUGACUUACCUGAGAUUGAGCUUCCGCACUUGGAAGGCUACAGAGCGAGUCAACCUGUUCGUAUUGGGAAUGGAGCGGCCUCCCAUAUACAACUUGACAUCUAUGGUGAACUGAUGGAUGGAAUCUAUCUCGUAAAUAGAUUCGGACGCCCAGUUUCGUAUGAUCAGUGGCUUUCAGUUCGGGAGAUCGCGGAUUACGUCUGCACCAUCUGGAAGGAGCCAGACAUGUCAAUCUGGGAGGUUCGUGGCAUGAAGCAGAACUUUGUUUAUAGCAAGAUGAUGUUGUGGGUAGCGCUUGACCGAGCGUUGCGCCUUGCAGACAAGAGGAGCUUCCCGUGCCCACACCGGGCAGAGUGGUACCGAGUACGUGACGAGAUUUAUGAAGAGGUCAUGGAAAAGGGAUACAACUCCCAGUUGGAGUGCUUCAUCCAGAGCUACGAGUCGAACGAAGUUCUGGAUUCGGCUGUGCUAAUAGCGCCUCUGGUCUUUUUCAUAGCGCCAACGGACCCUCGCUUCCUGAAGACGCUUGACCGGAUACUAAAACCUCCUGAGAAGGGGGGCUUGACUAGCACCGGCCUGGUAUUCAGGUACAACCACGCGCUUAGUGAUGACGGUGUAGGUGGGCAGGAAGGCAGUUUUUCCAUGUGCACUUUCUGGUUGGUCGAAGCACUUACACGAGCUGGGGCAUACGACGAGAAGUAUCUUUUGCAGGCUGUGACGAUGUUUGAGAGCAUGCUGAGUUUUGGAAAUCAUUUGCAUAUCUUCUCCGAGGAGAUUGCGCGGUCAGGGGAGCAGUUGGGCAACACUCCACAAGCUUUUAGCCACUUGGCCUUGAUAUCUGCAGCAUUUAACUUGAACAAGACGUUGAGCAGCCGACACCGGUAG